AUGAAAGGCAUACAGGUCAGCAAGUAUGUCUCCGGGCCUCAAGAUCUCUCUGUGACCACCCUGCCGACACCAUCUCCCCAUCCUACCAAAUAUCUGGUCAGGAUCUACGCUUCUGCGACGAACUUCUUCGAUCUCCUCCAAAUCCAAGGCAAAUACCAGCAUCAGCCGCCUCUACCAUGGAUCGCAGGCAUGGAAUUCGCUGGGGUCGUGAUUGCAACCCCCACCACUACCGAGGGCAGUAAGAGCGCCGUGGCGAGCAGUAUCGAUGGCACCGUGAGUGGGCCGACAAAACAUUUGUACAAGGUGGGCGACAGGGUGUUUGGCGCGGUUCACGGAGCAUACGCCACGCACAUACUUGCCCCAGAAGACUCGCUAUUUCCCGUUCCGCAGGGCUGGAGUUUUGCAGAUGCUGCUGGUUUAUACGUGACCACUCCUACCGCAUACGGGGCCUUGGUAGUGCGAGCGAAAACCCAGCCGGGGGAGUGGGUGCUCGUGCACGCCGGUGCUGGCGGCGUUGGCUUAUCGGCGGUGCAGAUAGCCAAGGCGCUGGGGGCCACGGUGAUUGCAACCGCUGGGUCAGAACGCAAGAGGCAGGUGUGUUUGGACUACGGGGCCGACUAUGUGAUCGACUACCGAGAUAAGAACUGGCCGCAACAGGUCAUCGCACUUUGUGAGAAACACCGAACAGGCAACGGGAAGCAAGGCGUGGACGUGGUGUACGAUCCAGUCGGUGUGAUCGAUCCCUCGAUCAAGUGCAUAGCCUGGAAUGGACGGCUGCUCGUGAUCGGCUUCGCGGGCGGAGCCAUCGAGAAGGUCGCAUUGAACAGAGUGCUUUUGAAGAACAUCAGCAUUGUCGGAAUCCACUGGGGCAUGUACAACACCAAGGAGAAGGAAACUGUCACGGUAGUGUGGAAGGGUAUCUUUGACCUCAUCUCUUCGGGUAAAUUACGGGGCGUCACCUAUACCGACAAGCACUAUAAGGGGCUGGAGAGUGUGCCGGCUGCCUUGAUUGCGCUUGGAGCACGGGACACAUGGGGCAAGGUGAUUGUUGAACUUGGAGAACACGAAGGUGAGGAGGCUCAGAGUAAGCUGUAG